UAUCAUCUCUGUGUUGUUCUUCCUUUCUCCCAUGAAGACAUUUUGGAGAGUGUUGAAGAAAAAAUCAACAGAGGAAUUUGACAGUCUUCCUUAUAUUUCCACUUUCCUCACUGCUUCUCUUUGGGCAUAUUAUGGCCUUAUAAAGCCUGAUGGAUUUCUUAUUGUCACUGUCAAUAUCUUUGGAAUUUCACUCCAAAUUUUUUACCUCACCAUUUUCCUUCUAUUUUCACCUCCAAACAUGAGAGUUAGGACAACGACUCUAGUGGCGAUUUUUGAUGUAGGAUUUGUGGGAGGAACAAUCUUGACAUCGUAUUUGUUGUUACACGGGAAUGCUCAAAUCAAUAUCAUUGGAUUCAUUUGUGCUGUUCUUAAUAUCAUGAAUUGUGGUUCACCUCUUGGAAUAACGAAAAAAGUGGUGAGAAGUAAAAGUGUGGAGUAUAUGCCUUUCCAUCUGACGUUUUGCAUAUUUGUAAAUUCUGGAGUUUGGACUUUCUAUGCUGUGCUUGUCAAAGAUCCCUUCAUUGGAGUUACAAAUUUGAUUGGAUUCCUCCUAGGAACCAUGCAAUUGAUAAUCUAUGCCAUUUAUAUGAAUGGGUCUCGAUCAUCCAAAGAGGACCAUUCAUUGCUACACGAGGACCUUCUUCCACCACCUUCCAAUACGACGCACUCUUCAAGUCUAAUUAUUUGUUGAAUUAUUCACGGUAAAAGUACAACUAGAUAGUAUCAAAAUUAUUCAAUGAUUCAGACAAUGUGACUGUUAUCGGUAGAUUGAAUUGAUAUUAAAUUUCUAAAUUUUGAUGAGGACAAUACAUAUAUGUUAAUAGAAGCAUCUGUCACACUGCAUUAGGAAAAUAUUCAAUGAAGUUGACACGAUAUCACUCGUUGUUUACUUGCGUA